UAGUUUUGUAGUGGCUAUUAACUGAACAAAUGUGUUUAUUAUUCUAAAUCGCCAUUUCAUGAGUCGCACUGGCACGUUGGACGUCGCAGCCCUCUAGCGGCCAACAGACGUACCUGCACGCUCAGCAGGCUCUCCUCCUCCUGGCCCCGCCCCCUGCUGCUCUCCAUGUUUGUGUAUGUGGAAUGCGGGUCAAGCGGAACUCUCGUAGCCUCUCCUCAAAGGCAAACAGCGGCUCGCGUCGUCCUGGCACGCACCUGUGGUGAAGCUGGAGAUCCUCACACACUCGACCAUGAAGAGAAGUCGACGUCCCAGCAGCAGCGACGACUCUGACAAUGGCAGUAAUUCAACCUGCUGGUCGCAGCAUUCUUCUCAGGCUAGGCGAGGAGCCAGACAGAAACCUUCUGAGGUCUUCAGGACGGACUUAAUCACCGCCAUGAAGGUGCCCGACUCGUACCAGCUCAACCCGGAGGACUACUACGUCCUCGCAGACCCCUGGAGGCAGGAGUGGGAAAAGGGCGUCCAAGUCCCCGUAAGCCCGCAGUCCAUCCCUCAGCCCAUGGCGAGGGCGCUGGCAGAAAAGGGAAAGGAGGUCAUGUUCGUCAGACCGAAGAAGCUGAUCCGCACGUCAGGGGCCCAGGUGCUAGGAUACGUGGACAUCCGGACGCUGGCGGAGGGCAUGUGUCGCUACGACCUGAACGAGGAAGACGUGGCGUGGCUGCAGGUUGCCAACCAGGAGUUUGUUAAGCUGGCUCUCCCCCCGCUGGACGAGAUGGCCAUGGAGCGCGCCAUGGAGGAGUUAGAGCGCCGCUGCCACGAGAGCAUGACACACGCGACGGAGACGGAGGAGGGUCUGGGCAUCGAGUAUGACGAGGACGUGGUGUGCGACGUCUGUCAGUCGCCCGACGGCGAGGACAACAACGAGAUGGUGUUCUGCGACAAGUGCAACAUCUGCGUCCACCAGGCGUGCUAUGGCAUCCAGAAGGUCCCCAAGGGCAGCUGGCUGUGUCGGAUCUGUGCCCUCGGCAUCACGCCAAAGUGCCAGUUGUGUCCAAAGAAGGGCGGGGCCAUGAAGCCCACUCGCAGUGGGACCAAGUGGGUCCAUGUCAGCUGUGCCUUGUGGAUCCCAGAGGUGAGCAUUGGGAACCCGGAGAAGAUGGAACCAAUCACCAACGUGUCGCACAUUCCCAGCAACAGGUGGGCUCUUAUUUGCUGCCUGUGCAAGGACAAGACCGGAGCGUGCAUUCAGUGCUCCGCUAAAAACUGCCGCGUUGCCUUUCAUGUGACCUGCGGCCUCCACGCCGGCCUGGAGAUGAAAACCCUCCUCACAGAGGACGACGAGGUCAAGUUCAAGUCCUUCUGCCCCAAACACUCAGGACUGGAGGGCGCCGAGUCCAGGGACCCAAACUCUGGAGACGAAGGGGGGGCGGAGGACGUCGGGGGCACAAAAGGCAAGCAGCGAGGAAGGGCGAGAGAGGACAAGGACGCCACCUUGCACCCCGCCCUUCAUCGGGACCCGCAGCAGCUGAGCGGCCGCGAGCAGGACAAGCGGGUCAACCUCCGCAAGCUAAAGCUGCAGCAGAUGGAGGAAGACUUCUACCAGUUUGUGGAUGCCCAGGAGGUGGGUCGCCACCUCAAGAUGGUGCCCGAGACGGCGGACUUCCUCUACCAGUACUGGAAGCUGAAGCGCAAGGCCAACUUCAACCAGCCGCUCCUCACGCCCAAGAAGGAAGAGGAGGAGAGUCUGGCUCGCCGCGAGCACGAGGUGCUGCUGCGACGCUUGCAGCUCUUCACGCACCUCCGCCAAGACCUGGAGAGGGUCCGAAACCUGACCUACAUGGUGACCCGGCGGGAGAAGAUGAAGCGCUCGUUGUGGCGAGUCCAGGAGCAGAUCUUCCAGCAUCAAGUCCGACUGAUUGACUAUGAGCUGCUCAGCGCGAGUCCGUCUGAGUCGGACCUGCAGCUCUCCCGGGACCGCCUGUCCUCGCAGGGCUCCCAGAUCCCCUGCAGCCGAUCCGGACCAAAGACCAAACGAGGGCCGAAGCCGGAGAAGGGGAAAUGUCGUGACAGAAAAGCUGUCUCGGACUCGCUGCCCGCGGCGUUCAAGGGAGACGCUCCCGGCAAGACACUGGACUCCAAAAGCUCGCGGGUGAAAGACACGACGCCCGCCGAGGCCGCGAGAAGCCCAAACUCCGACCUGGACUUGCAGCAGCUGAGGUUCUUGAAGCAAGAGGUCGCCCAGGAAAGUGUUGCCUUGAAGAUGCACAGAAUAGAGGGCAAGAAAGGCAUGGCGUUGGAACAGGAAGUGCUGAGCAGGCGGCGGCAAGAGAGCGCCCAGGAGUACGAGGAGAAGCGGAAAAAGAGAAGGAGUGAGGCGACCGAGACCUCAAGCCAUACGAAGAACAAGCUUGGUUCCAAACAGCUGGACAAAACUGUCUCCAUCAGGCUGGUGGACAUCCGGUCCUCGGACUCUGACGUCAACUUUGUAGACGGCGUGACCAGAAGAAGCUCUGCCCCUUCGGACGUGCCCACACACAGCAAGCUCAAAGCCAACGUGGCCUCAGAAGGCGUUCCGGUGGACUUCUCCCGCGCGUCCAACGGGCCUGGGGGCAGUAACCUGAAAGGCUGGGGCAAGUUCCGCAUCCCGAAGAGGAGCGACAAGCUCCCGGUGAUGAAGGAGAGGACGCCGCUGGCGCAGCAAGACAAGCCGCUGCUCCGUCCGCUCACCAACACGCCGCCGCCAUCGCAGCCAAGAACGCGGCACCGCACUGGGACGGAGAACGACGGCGAGGCGGAGCCUUGCUUGAAGCGGUGCCACUCCCACCAGCUGCGGGGAGACUCCUCCCUCAGCCGCCGCUACGGAUCCGACAUUAUCCGCAGGGGUGUGCUGGCGUCCUGAGGGCGACAUCCUAGAAUAAGCUUCACUGUGUUAGUUGCUAAUGAACCACCGCUACACCUUCUUAUUUUUGUUCCUGGACAAAUGUCCGACUAGAGCUUAUAUUUAUUUUUUAUUUGAGAAGCUAACGUUUGACUUUGUUUCCGGCUCACAUUGACAAGCUGAGGUGGCAGCGAGGGACCACCGGUGAUUUUUUGUGUCGCUAUUCCGAAAUCUACUCGUAUGCACGGGAGUCGUGCUUUUAGCGACGACGCGACACUGGCCGUUUUGUCAGCUUUUGGACACUCUUGAAUCGACAAUUGCAUUCGCCAUCAGCACUUAAGUGUCAUUGAAUGAGAGCCCGCCUGCGCCACGUGCCUGACUUGUUGGAAGCGUUUGCACUAGGAGAGGGAGGCGUGGGCGAGCAGGAAUAUUUUUACACUGAAAAAUAAAUAUUUUCUAUCCUUG